AUGGAGCUUCAGCCACAGCAGCUGCGACUGCGAGUUCUGGACACCGUGCGCCUGUCGCCGCCACCCGCUCCGGCGCAGCACGCGGCCCUCCCACUCUCCGGCCUCGACGCCGACCGUAACGCGCUCGACGUCACCUUCCGCACGCUCCGCUUCUUCCCACCUCCGCCGCCGUCCAUCGACCCCCACGCGGUCCUCCCGCCCGCGUUCGAGGCCGCGCUCGGUCUCUUCCCGGUGCUCGCGGGCCGCCUCCGCGACGGCCACGUCGUGGUCGGCGCUGGCGCCGUGCCCAUCGUCCUCGCGGAGUCCGGUCUGUCGGCGGCCGACGUCGACACCGACUGCCCCGGCUCGCCGCAGCUCGACCGCCUCGCGCCACCGGGGGACGGCGACGCCGAAGACGCCGCGGAUACCCCGGUGCUCGCGCUCCAGGCCACGCGGUUCGCGUGCGGCGGCGUCGCGCUCGGGGUGCGGGUGGCGCACGCGCUCUGCGACGGCGCGGGCGCCACCAAGUUCCUCACCGCCGCGGCGCGGUUCGCGCUGGGGCAGGGGACGCCGGAGGUCGCGCCGGUGUGGGAGCGGCGGGAGCUGCUGGGGCCGAGGCGCCCGCCGCGCGUGGCGACGCAGGUGUUCGACCGCGUCCUCGCGCUCGACGGCGACGUCGCGCGGCGCGGGCCAUAUGGAGCCGAGGGGGAAUGGCCCGAACAGCAGCGGCAGCUCACGAGAGAAUGCUUCCACGUGAGCGACGCGCGUGUGGAGGCGCUCAGAGCGCGGAUCGCCGACGAGGCUGGCGUCAAGCUCACGACCUCCGAGGUUGUCGCCGCGUUCAUCUGGCGCGCCAGGGUCAAGGCAAACGGGACCAGCUCUGGCGAGGUGGUGAAGAUGGUGUACUCCAUGAACAUCAGCAAGCUCGUCGACCCGCCGCCCCCCGACGGGUACUGGGGCAACGUGUGCGUCCCGGAGCUGCACCGCCACGACGGGGUCACGGCGGGCGCUGUGAGCGCGUUCACGGACUGGCGGCGGCUCGGCCAUGGGGAGGUGGACUUCGGCUGGGGCGGCCCCGACUCCGUGCUGCCGCUCUCGUGGAGGAUCCUCGGGAGCACGGAGCCGUGCUUCCUGCUGCCCUAUGGUGCGGGGGAUGAGCGGCGGCGGGGAGGGUUCAAGGUGUUCAUCGCGCUGCAGCGCACGGGGCUGGCUGGGUUCAGAGAGGAAAUGCAGGAGCUGCUGUUGCAACCGCAGCUGAGCUCAGCGGGAAAGCUGUGA